GAUCCAAUUUAAUGUUGAAAUUUUUUCAAAAAGAAAAAAAAAAAAACAAUUUUGACCUUAAAUCGGAUCGAAUUGACUUGAUUACUUUCCGUUUAGUUUAAUCGAUUCGAUUUUAGUGGAGGCUGUUUGGUCAGCUUAUAGCCAGAGAUGAUUUACUCUUAUGCACUCGGCUAGGCCUUUGAUCCUCAGCGACUACGAUGAACUUGCAGAUAAUGAUUAUGGAGUAUCAGUUGAAAAUAUUUUUGCUGUUGAACCAAGUGCCUGCCCUUCUGUGGAUGAAAUAAAGAAAUUGCCAAAGUCCUGUUGCAUGUGGUACCCGAAACUCAAACUUGUCAAGGCAUUUGAAAAAAGGAUUCUUGCAAGCUACCUGUUCACUUCCUGUGUCCGUUUAUAUGAAACUGCACGGUAUGAUUUUACUGCUGUAGAUAGGGUAGAAAGAUUCUUAGUUCUGGCUGUUGUUUCCCAAGGAGAUCAUAACAUUGAGCUUUCAAGCCCACCAGAGAGGAUACAAAAUCACGAGGAAAAAAAAUUGGAAUGAAGGGACUGGGGAGAAAGAAAACAGAUGAAUCGGAACACUUCAUUUGGGAAGAUGACAUCAAGGUUCCUUGUGGUCAUUUGAUAUCCAUCAGAGCACAAAGAUUAGUCCCCUGGAAUACAAUGAAUAUGCUGUCUAUGAUUCCCAUAAAGACAAGAAUAAGGUUCCUGGUAGGAGUCAAGUAUGAGGAGAAGGAUGUGCUGAUGGACACAGGAGAGUCAUAAGCAGCAGAGGAAAUAAGUAAGAAGAUAAACUUUUUUUGUGCUAGGGGGAAGAUCUUUUUGUCUAUUUCUUUAGCCAUUCUCCUGCAUGGCUGGUAGAUGAAUACAGGGUUUUAAUCAAAAGCUCUGUAAGGAGUAAUUGAUAGAUUUUGUUGCAUAUAGUCAUCACUAAUCAAGUUGUAGCUUUAAUAUGAUUAUUUUAUGUAUGCAAAAAUUCAGGUUUUCUGUUCUUUAUACAAAUACAAUCAACGGAAAAUUGAAUUACUAAAUGAAAGGAUCAUUUGGCAAACCAAUAAAUUCAUUUAAGAGGCUCAAGAAGAAACCUGGUCGCCCCAGUAGACCUUUCCUUUUUGAGAUGACAUACCUACCAUGGCUGGCUUCAUUAGCACCUGCAAAGAAUGCAGUUACUUCAACGGGAAAACUUACCAUCUUAUGUAUUUUCCCCUUCAUUUAAAGAACAACUUGAAGAUAAUGACAAGCUACUAAACAGAUUUAAACUAGUUGAAUACACAAUCAAAAGCUUCACUUGUGGUUUCAGGGACUUCUCACAAAAAUCUACUUAAUGGCUACUUGUUCCAUACUUAAGCAUUAAAAUGGGAUUGAUGAGUUAUUUUGGUUCAUUACCUCACUUGAAACUCCACAAUAGUGAAUCUGUUUGUCAGAAUAUAAGCUCAAGUGUCAAAACAAC